ACGGCUAGUGACAGGACCGUCGACUAGCUCCGAGCCAGUGUGCUGACUUCAAGAAUUGAGUAGAACUCAUAGAGGAACCAAAGCAUCGUCUCCAACGAUUUAGGGACGCCAUGGGAGAUGGCGAGAAGGAGAAGGGUCUCAGCAUACUUCUGAGAAGAUUGUUCCAUUGGGGCCCCUUCGUGGCCCUUUUUAUCAUCAAAUUCGUCUUCUUCACAUGUGUCUAUCUGACUUCUCUGUGGUUGCCCCCGUACGAGUCGGUCGAAGGAACGAUCAACUAUUUCUUAUAUAUGGCAGCCAUCGGAUUGAUCAUGUACAAUUUUUUGUGUUCGGUGGCGUUGGGGGGAGGUUUUGUUCCGAAAGGAUGGAAGCCGGAGAGCCCGGCGCAAGAAAGCCUGCUGCAGUAUUGCAACAUAUGCAAAGGGUACAAAGCCCCACGCUCACAUCAUUGCCGGAGAUGUGAGCGAUGCGUGCUCAAGAUGGAUCAUCACUGCCCGUGGAUCAAUACCUGCGUCGGUCACAGAAACCACAUGAAUUUCUGUUAUUUCCUACUAUUUUGUGUCACGGGCGCUCUCCAUUCAUUAGUUCUUCUAACGAUCGGACUCCAGAGAGCAUACAACGCACGCUGGUAUGAGGAAAUGGAUGAGAGACUCCUUCACCUCACAUUUCCGCUGGCCGUGUGCACAGUUCUCAGCAUAGGCCUCGCGCUCGGUGUUGUCAUCGCGCUGGGAUGUCUUCUAUACGUGCAGAUGAGCAUCGUGCUCAAAAAUCAGACCGGAAUCGAGACUUGGAUCCAUCAGAAAGCAGAAAUGCGGCAGGAGGAGCUCGGCACGAACGAUUGGGUUUAUCCUUAUGAUCUAGGAUCGUAUCGAAACUUUCGCAUGGUAUUCUGUGAUCGGCCAAGCGACGGAAUCGUUUGGCCUGUGUUGAGUGGCUGUGAUCAAUACACCUUAACGAGGGAGCAAAUACUCCAGAAAGAAGAUAAACGAAUGCGACAGAGAUUGUAUAUCGUCACAAAAGGAUUCCGAGGCGGCUUCUUUCCUUGGUGCGGACACGGGGUCUGCACUUGUGUGAGAACACCGUUGAAUGGCGAACCUCGCUUGAAACUGGCGGUCGGUGACCGAGUAUUCGUGACCCGAUGGAAAGAACAUUGGCUCUACGGUCAGAGAAACUCUCCCUCGAGAGCCGAAGUCGAGGACGAUCCUCCCAAAGGCUGGUUCCCAAGGGAUUGUGUAAUAGCUUGUGUGGCUUCGAGGAAAGACCUAUAGGCAAGGCAGGCCAAGAUUGGCUCAGGGUGGAUUCGUCUGGUCGAUAAGCGAGCGGGCGGAACACUGUGAUUCUUCAUGAGCAAUGACGAUCCCGCCCGGCGGCCAUCUAGUCUCUGAGAGUCGCGGGACGCAAGAGUGGAGUUUCCUACGGGCGAUCUAUGUAAAAAGUAUAAUCAUUCUGCCCCGGAGAACUUGAGUACCGAAUACUACUCGGAGGAUGCAAUGGCUCGAGCAAUAAAUUAAUCUCCCUAGAUGAGCUGUGUGGUGAGAGA